UUUUAUUUUUCGUUAAAUUUAUUGAACGCAGCUUUUGUUUUGAAUUUUCAAAAUUUUAUUUGUUUACUUUUUUUAAUUCUCGAAAUAUAAUUAAAUUAAUAAAUAUCAUGGCUUAUUCAACAAUUUUCAAUGCUUUCGAACUACUUGUCGCACAAAAAGCAUCAAUUCGUCCCAAACUUCAAUCCUUAUCCAAAGAUUUGUUUCCAUCCAAUGGACCAGCACCGAAAUCGCUCAUUGAAAUCAGUGGACCAAGUAAUUCAGGAAAAACACUUCUCCUAAAUGAAAUCAUAGCUUUAACAAUUCUUCCAACAUAUUUCAAUGGAAAAGAUUCAAAUGUUGUUCUAAUCGAUUUAGAUCAUAAGUUAUCAAUUCCCCAUUUAAUGAAAGUUGCCGAAAAGAUUAUUAAAAAUUCUGGAGAAAAAACCAGUCAAGAAGAUAUGCAAUUUACCAUUGAAUUGCGUAUGCAAUCAGUUCAGAUUAUCAAUUGUUAUUCGCCAGAUCAAUUUGAAAUGGCAAUGGACACAUUAGAAGAUUUAUUGGUAUCAAAUCCGGAUAUAGCUCUGUUGGCUAUUGAUAAUAUUGGAGCUUACUAUUGGCUAGAUACGGAUUCGAAAUUAGUCAGAAAAGAAACUCAUUAUAAAAAUCAUAUUGCCAGAUUAAAGAAUAUUUGCAGGAAGCAUAAUAUUGUGUGUGCGUUUACCAUGGAAUCAAAUUAUAUUCAAACGAAAGGAUUACGAGCCAAUGUCGAUUACAAGUUUGAUAUGAAAGUAAAGCCUAAUGUCGCCAAUAGUGAUGGAAUCGUGCUAAUGACGGUGGAGGUGUCUGGAUCAUCAGUUGACAAAUUAAUACGAGUCGAUGAUUACGGAAUGCACUUUAUAUUCAAAUGGUUUUCAAGCGUCUUUUAUUUAUUGAUGCAGUUUAAGCUUUUCAGGUCUUGCAACCCAACAUAAAAAUGGUAGUUUCUGAAAGAGUCAAUAUAAAACAGGGUAUUGUAAUCGGAAAGGAAGAUAUUCUUCCAAAUGGUAAGCGAUAUCACUUCUUUAAAG